GUUAUAAAGUAUGGAUAUGGAAAUGCCGGCACGGCCGAAGAUUAAUCAACCCUGUGCUGCUUGCCGGAUGCUUCGUCGGAGAUGCGGGAGUGACUGUUUAUUGGCUCCUUAUUUUCCUGCUGAGAAAGCUGAUAACUUUGUUGUGGUUCACAAGGUUUUUGGUGCUAGCAAUGUUAUCAAAAUGCUCCAGAUGGUAGAGGAAAGCAAGAGGGAAGAUUGUGUGAAGAGCAUAGUAUAUGAAGCAAGUGCAAGGUUGAGGGACCCAAUUUAUGGAAGUACAGGAGCAAUCUUUCAAUUGCAGAAGAACCUUAAAGAUCUGGAGCUUCAAUUGGAAUCAACAAGAGCUCAAAUUUAUGAAUCACAGGAACGAAAAGAUCAAUUAUUGAGGAUUCUAAUGGAUAUUCGUCUCCAACGUCCCAUUUCCCCAAUUGAUGAUGUGAUGUUCGAUAGAGGAGAUUUCUUCUUAGACGAUUCUACUACUACAGUGUCAGUUGGUUAUGACCCAAUUGAAUUUCCAUUACAUUGUGAUUGGAUUUUAUGGUGAGAGAGAGAGAGAGAAAGCAGAGAUAGGGAUUAGGGAAGUCUAUAAAUUGAAACAA